AUGUCCUCGUCAAAUAGCUCAGAAACGCAGCUCUUGGCGGAGCACUUUGGCUACCCUCCAGUCAGCCUCCUGGAUGAUAUCAUCAACAGCAUAAACAUCCUCGCCGAGCAGGCCCUCAACAGCGUCGAGAGGGGCCUGCUUGCCGCGAAACCUGCCAGCCUUGGAUUCCGUGCACCGCCGCCCCAGUCGAAAAAGACAAAACACUCUGCGACGACGACAACAAGCGCCCCAGAAGACCCUCCUCCACCGUCACCCGAGGAGGCGCAGCGGCACGAGGUGGAAAAUGGCACUCACCAGCUCGAGACCCUGCUGUGCGCAAGCAUCGAUCGCAACUUUGACAUAUUUGAGAUCUGGGUCAUGCGCAACAUCUUGACGGUGCGGCCUGACGACCGCGACUGGAUCCGGCUGUCGCACUACGAAGGGCUAGAUUUUUCAGCCGCAAGUAAAAGGAGAAUAGCGGCAGGGACGGAACCCGGUCUGGACGGAGCAGCAGAUGCGGAAGGCACCGAGGGGGAGAAAGAGCCGAGCAACCAGACAGGGGCCGGCGGCCAAGGCCAGGACGAGGACGCGGCAGGAACAGGGAGCGAUGCACCCACGCUAGCGUCCGUGGCCCGACUCCGUCGUCGUCUCCAGGCCAGCCAGAAGCUCAACGUGAUGCUGCAUGCCGAGAGGGCGCGGAACGCCAAACUGCUCCAGGAGCUGCGGGAGUUCCUCCACGGCAAAUCCGGGCCCGCCGCAGUCAAGGUGGAAAACGACGAGAGUCAAGACAAACCAAACAUGGCAUUCAUCCGAAGCAAGGGCGAUCUGACAGUCGGCGACGCCGAGACCCCCUUGACAACGACGACAGCGUUUAGCCUCUCCCAGUUGCAAGCCCUCCGUGCGCUUUCGACAUCGCUGCGAACAAUGAUGCCGGAUCUCAUGCAGAGCGCUGACGGCGCCGACCAAGGUGAUACUAAGAAGAGCUGGAGGACCGAAAGGCUCGAGUAUGUCGAGGGCUCGACUCGGAGACACCUCGAGAACGUCAGGGGACUGGAGCUGGGCCCUAGUGGGUACGUACGUGACGGCGAGUGGCAAGGCGAAGGGAGGAGUCUUGCAAAAGGGGAGGUCGAGGGGCUGGAAAGAAUUGCUGGUGUUCUCGGCGCUAAACCGAUCAAUGGUGUUGGGGAGCCAGAAACGAGGACGGAUGCCAUGGACGAGUCUUGA